AAUGCAGUGAGUUAGGCAGGACUUAGUAAUGGGAUGUGGUAGUGAGAAGGCCCCUGUGAUUUCAGUUGGCACCUGCACAAGAGUCCUGUGAUGGAGCAAGAGGUGAGAUGUCCUUUGUGUAAGGGACUGGUCUCUGCAUCCUGUUCCAGGCACUUGCCCCCGGAAAGGUACCAAGAAAGUAGAACAGAUUCUGAGAACAGCAACCAAAGUGCUGGUGAGGGAGGGAAGUGAGGCACUAGGCACCCUGAGUCUGGCUGGGUGGUGAGCAACAGGCCACCUAAAACCUGCCAGUAGAUAUUUGAGGUAAUCUAAAUAUUCAGACCCCAGUAGGGAAUUCACUCCUGCCCUGUACCUUAUUUUUGCUGGCUUAACCAACAAAACCAGCCUCCCUGGAGAAUGCCACCGGCUCCAGCAGCAGCGGUGCCCAGAUUGGGCUGCAAGGGACCCUCCAUGGGCUGAGAAUCUUUCUUAAGGCAAGCUAGAAGUGCUCCCAUUUCACACAUUGCCAGGAAGUCAGGUGAGGUGACAGCUGCCUGGGAUUGGCUCUUCUCAACAGCAAAGUGGCAAUUAGUCAGCAGCUGUCAGAGCUCCCCAUUCCAGUUCAGAUGGAUGCCUUGAGGUUCCUGCUGCUGCUAAUGCACUGCAGAAUUGCUGCUGCUGCCGCCGCCACCCAAGGUCACUUUUGGCAUGUCACAGACCUCCAUUUGGACCCAGCCUACAGAGUGACAACAGACCCUCUCCAGGUGUGUCCGUCUGCUGGGUCCCAGCCCGUGUCUAAUGCAGGAAGAUGGGGAAAUUACCUGUGUGAUUCUCCCUGGAUUCUCAUAAACUCCUCCAUUUAUGCCAUGAAGGAGAUCCUGCCUGAUCCGGACUUCAUCCUGUGGACUGGAGACGAUACUCCUCAUGUCCCCAACAAGAGACUUGGAGAAGACGUGGUGCUGGAAAUAAUUGCCAAUUUGACUGCUCUGAUAAAACAGGUGUUUCCAGACACUGCCGUCUACCCUGCCAUAGGCAACCACGACUUCCACCCCAAGAACCAGCUCCCCCCAACGCCGCACCGGAUCUACAACGCAACAGCCGAGCUGUGGCGCUCCUGGCUCAGCAAUGCCUCCAUCCCAACCUUCAGAGCAGGUGCUUUCUACAGUGAGAAGCUGCGCGGUCCCAAUACCAAGGGACAAAUGAUUGUCCUCAACACCAACCUGUACUAUGAGAGCAACAGUCAGACGGCGGGUGUGGAGGACCCCGGCGGGCAGUUCCAGUGGCUGGAGGACGUGCUGACCUCCGCAGCGAAGGCAGGAGAAAUGGUCUACAUCGUGGGGCACGUCCCGCCCGGCUUCUUCGAGAAGAAGCGGCACAAAGCCUGGUUCCGGGAGCACUUUAACAGGCGCUAUGUCGAGAUCGUGCAGCGGCACCACGGAGCAAUAGCUGCCCAGUUCUUUGGGCACCAUCACACUGACAGCUUUCGGCUCUUUUACAGCCAUGGCGGUUCCCCCAUCAGUGCCAUGUUUCUAGCGCCAGGCGUGACCCCCUGGAAGACCACGCUGCCUGGCGUGCACAAUGGCGCCAACAACCCUGGCAUCCGGGUCUUUGACUACGACCGAGGCUCCCUGCAAGUGAAGGACAUGGUGACUUAUUACGUGAACCUCACUCAUGCUAACCUGGCAGGCCCCAGCUGGGAGAAGGAGUAUCGGCUGACUGAGGCCUUCCAGGUGCCCGACGGGUCAGCCCGCUCCAUGCACAUGGUGCUGGAGAAGCUGUCACAGGACAAGCAGUACCUGCAGCAGUACUAUCGCUUCAACUCCGUGCAGUACGACCUCAGCGAGUGCGACGGGAGCUGCCGCACCGACCAUCUCUGUGCUAUCCGGGAAGUGGAUUUUACUCAAUAUGAGGAAUGUGCUAAAGCCGGAAGCUUCCCUGCUGUAUCUGCUCUGCCAGCAACCCCCGUUUUCUUCCUCGGUGUGCUGCUCAGCCUUCUCCCUUCCCAGGGGCCUCUCUGGUGACCCUGACAGGUUCGUCCCGUGCAAACCGAGCAUCCUGCACCUGAGUCAACACCAGCCAGUUCCUCCGGGGCUGGAAUUUGCUCCGGAAGAAGGUGACGUGUUUUUAUGGCAGGGGUUUUAUGGCUCGGCUUUGUCUCUUUCCAAUAAAGAGGAUUGG